AUGGACACCGCGUCGCCUAGCUCGUCAAGGGCGCCAACGCCAAUGGCCCUGAGUGAGGAGGAAAUAAAGCGCCAACGGAAGCAGUAUUUUGUAGAUGAGCAAAAAGAGCGCCUCAGUCGCCAGAACGUCGAGGACUCGGCCAAGCGGUUCAAGUACCUGAUUGGGCUCACCGAUCUGUUUCGGCACUUUAUCGACGCUCGCGCGCAAAAGGACGAAAAGUUUAGGCAAAUUCUCGACGAUGCAGCUAUUGUCACGAAGCCGGCCGAGCCCAAGGCCGUGACGGGCGACCACCGCCAUCGCAAGACCGAAAAGCAGGAGGACGCUGAGCUUUUGGGCGACGAGCAGGACGGGGCCCAGGAAACUACGGUUUUCCAGGAGUCGCCGGCGUACAUUCAUGGCAAAAUGCGUGAUUACCAGGUCCAGGGUCUUAACUGGAUGAUAUCCCUGUACGAAAACAACAUUUCCGGUAUUUUGGCCGACGAAAUGGGUCUCGGAAAGACCUUGCAAACGGUAGCAUUUUUGGGGUACCUCCGCUACAUUCGCGGUAUUGCUGGCCCGCAUCUCGUGCUUGUUCCCAAGUCCACUCUGGAUAACUGGCGUCGCGAAUUUGCCAGAUGGACGCCUGAGGUGUCGACGGUGGUCGUGCAGGGCGACAAGGAAUCGCGCGCCCAACUCAUCAAAGACCGCUUGCUAAGUACCGAUUUCGAUGUCUGCAUUACAUCCUAUGAGACUGUGUUACGCGAAAAGGCCCAGUUUCGCAAGUUUGCUUGGCAGUAUAUUGUGAUCGACGAGGCUCACCGCAUCAAAAACGAAGAGUCUCAGCUGUCGCAAAUCAUUCGCUUGUUUAGCUCACGCAACCGUUUGCUGGUGACAGGUACACCUUUGCAAAACAAUUUGCAUGAGCUGUGGGCCUUGCUUAACUAUUUGUUGCCUGAUGUCUUCAGUGAUAGUGCCGUGUUCGAAGAGUGGUUCGAGUCCCAAGGCGGUGAUCAGGAUCAGGUCGUACAGCAAUUGCACAAAGUCCUGAGACCGUUUUUGCUCCGCCGCGUCAAAUCCGAGGUAGAGCACUCUUUGUUGCCCAAAAAGGAAGUCAACCUGUACGUGGGAAUGACUGAUAUGCAACGCAAGUGGUACCAGAAGAUUUUGGAGCGUGAUAUUGAAGCCGUCAACGGUUCAGUCGGUAGCCGCGAAAAGAGUCGCUUAUUGAACAUCGUCAUGCAAUUGCGUAAAUGUUGCAAUCAUCCUUAUUUGUUCGAAGGUGCCGAGCCGGGGCCUCCAUACACCACUGACGAGCACCUUAUCUACAACAGUGGCAAGCUGCUUGUGCUUGACCGCCUACUGAAACGAUCAAUGGAGCGUGGAUCUCGAGUUUUGAUCUUUUCUCAAAUGAGUCGUGUGCUCGACAUCCUUGAAGACUAUUGUUUCUUUAGAGGGUACAAAUACUGCCGAAUUGACGGUUCCACCGAUCACGAAACACGGGUCAAUACUAUCGAUGAGUACAACCGCCCGGGAAGCGACAAGUUCAUUUUCCUGCUCACCACCCGCGCUGGUGGUCUUGGUAUCAACUUGGUUACUGCCGAUACGGUUGUUUUAUACGAUUCGGAUUGGAACCCUCAGGCUGACUUGCAGGCCAUGGACCGUGCGCACCGUAUUGGACAGACCAAACAGGUGCAUGUGUUCCGGUUUGUUACCGAUUCGAGUAUCGAAGAGAAAGUUGUUGAACGUGCGGCCAAAAAGCUUCGUCUUGAUCAGCUGGUCAUUCAGCAAGGCCGGGCCCAGCAGCAGCAGAAACAACAGGCCAACAAGGACGAGCUUAUCGAUAUGAUCCAGCACGGUGCUCAGUCUGUUUUGGACAGCGACGAGAAAGUGUUGACUGAAGAUGGGUUGGAUAUUGACAGCAUCUUGGAGCGGGGCGAGGAGCGCACUGCCGAAUUACAAUCCAAGUACCAGUCGCUGGGUAUUGACGACCUUAAUCGCUUUGAUGGAGCAAACAGUGCCUAUGACUGGAAUGGAAAAGACUUCAAGGCAUCCAAGAAGACCAAGACCCCCGUGUUAUUGUCUUUGGGCAAGCGUGACAACCGGGCCAAGGACUACUCUAUCAACGGCUACUACAAGGGCGCGUUCCGGAAGAACCUGGUGGGCCAGGGCGUCGAUCGCCGAACCAUGCCAAGGGGCUUCAAGCAGCUGCACUUGCAAGACCACCAGUUCUGGCCGCAGCGGCUGUAUGACCUUCAGGACCAGGAGUUGGCGUACUACCGCAAGCAGAAGCAGCACAAGGUUCAGCUUGCUGCAGAUGUCACGAAUGCCUCCGAGGAGGAGCUGCUCGACCAACAGCUGGAGCAGUGGGAAAUUGAUAAUGCAGAGCCACUCACCGACGAGGAGCAAGCCGAGAAACGAGAGCUUGGCCAUCACGGGUUUGAUAAUUGGAGUCGCCGGGAGUUUACUGGCUUUAUAGCCAACAUGGCUCAGUUUGGCAAAGACAACCUCGAGGAGAUUGCGCUCAACACUCCAGACAAAACCAUGGAAGAACUCGAAACGUACCAUGAAGUAUACUGGCGGCGGUACGGCGAGAUCGAGCUGUUUGAGAGGUACAAUUCGAGCAUCGAGGCAGGCCAGGAGCGGGCCGAAAAGCAGCGGCUGCUGGCAGACCUGGUGCGCAAAAAGAUCGAGUCGUGCCCGGCACCCAUGCAACAGCUGCAGUUCGACGUGCCUGCCCCGGCGGGAUCCAAGCGCAAUAUCUACUCCGAAGAGGAGGACCGCUUCCUGGUGCUGCAACUGUACAACUUCGGGCUCGACGCGCCCAACCUCUACGAACAGAUCAGAGAAGCCAUUCGGGAGUCGCCGCUCUUCCGUUUCGACUGGUUCUUCCUGAGCCGCUCGCCGGCCGAGCUGGCCCGCCGCUGCCAGACCCUCCUGGGAGCCAUCCAGAAAGAGUAUGAAAAGCCUCAACGCAGAUAA